AACGCUGGGAUACGAAGAGACGCACAUUCGUCGAAAAGUUGUUAGCAGAAGCGGAAAGCUAACAAACAAUCGUCAUGCGAAGGCAACAACAAGCUAAAAUCCUCGUUGGAUUUAUCGCCGCCCUCCUAGUCGUUGGGGAGAACGUCCAACGGGCUAACGCAAAUGCCAUCCGUACGAAACGUGGAGGUGGUGGAAAUGCCGGUUCUUUCAGUGCAAGUUCAUCGUCAAGUUCAAGUAGUUCAUCCGGAGUAGCUGGAGGUGGAACAAAGAGUUUUGCAACGUCUAAAUCUGACUCUUCGAGUAGCGGUGGAGGAGCUGGGGGAGGCGCAAGCGCAUCCGCUAACUCUGGAGCAAUCGCGUUUGGCGAUGGUCUAAUUGGGGGUGGAAGUAAAGGCUACGGAGGCAAUGGUUUCGAGGGUCACCAUGGUGGUUUAACUUCUGGAAGUGGACAUAGCGGCUCAGGUUUAUUGGGAGGUGGAAGUUACGGAGGUGGCAAUCAAGGUGGAUACGCAGGUGGUGGUUCAGGUGGCUACGGAGGUAGUGGUCAAGGUGGCUACGGAGGUGGCAGUCAUGGUACAGGUUUCGGAGGUGGCAGCCACGGUGGUUACGGGUCUGGAAGCCAAGGUCUUUAUGGAGGCGGAUAUAACGGUGGAGCUGCAGGAGGAGGAGGAGGAGGAGGAGGAUAUAUCGGUGGAGCUGCAGGAGGAGGAGGAGGAGGAGGAGGAUAUGCCAAUGGCAACACCGGAGGUUACGAUGGAGGCUACAACACAGGCUUGGGCCAUGGACAAGGUCAAGGGAAUUAUGGCGCAGGCCAGGCUGGCGGGCUUGGACAUGCCGGUAGUUAUUCUCAAGGAGGAGGUUCAGGAGGAUUUGGAAGUCAAGGCGGAUCAGGUGGUUACGGUGGGAAUAGUGGUCACGGAGGUCAACUAGGAGGUGGCUCAGGUAGUUACGGAGGUCAACUAGGAGGUGGCUCAGGUAGUUACGGAGGUCAACUAGGAGGUGGCUCAGGUAGUUACGGUGGAAAUAGUGGUUACGGAGGACAACUAGGAGGUGGCUCAGGUGGUUACGGUGGUAAUAGUGGUCACGGAGGUCAACUAGGAGGUGGCUCAGGUGGUAUCGGAUCCUCUGGUGCAAAUGCGGAAGCAGGAAGCAAAGCCAGCGCUAGCGCUGGAGCAGGUGCGUCAGGGGCGGGUGGCUCUGGACUUGGAAAUGAAGGCUACGGAGGCCAAGGAGGCUUUGGAGGUCAUGGAGGCCAAGGAGGCUUUGGAGGUCAUGGAGAUCAAGGAGGCUUUGGAGGUCAUGGAGGCCAAGGAGGCUUUGGAGGUCAAGGAGGCUUUGGAGGCCAAGGAGGCCAAGGAGGAAAUCAAGGGAGUUACGGUGGAGGCCACCGGGGUUACGGAGGAACUAAAGGAGGCCACGGUGGAAAUCAUGGAGGUGUUGGAGGUGGUGCUGCUCACGCUGCAAGCAGUGCAAACGCCAAUGCCGGAGCUGGUAGCAAUCACUAUGAUAUUUUCUCUCGAAUGGGAGAAGUAGAAGAGGGUGCAAACGAAAGCGGUACCGUAGAGGGUGCAAAAGGUGUUUACAGCAGCAGUGCAGUCGAAAUCGACUCAUCUGGGAAAGGAACGUACGAAGUAAAAGCUGGAAAGAUUCCUUAGAUCAGACAAAAACAAUUGUGACAUUAAAAACCGUGCUGACGCAAUGUUACUUUAUUUUAUUUUUGAAUCGAAUUUCAAAAUCAAUUCAGUCUUUCGAAUAAGACUAUCGCGUAUAAGAGUAUGAUUGUUUCUGAAAAGUGACGUAUCGAUGUUUCAUUUUUUACCAUAUUUUUUUAAAUAUAGUAUACAAAUUUGUAUGUAUGAUUGACAAAAAAAAAGAAAUAAAAACCACACGAAUAAAA